AAUAUAUUAAUUAAUUGAAUCUGAGUUUUUGGAGUCACCUUCAAGUGACAUUUUCUAUAAUAAACGGAAGAAAAUUGUUAUUAAUUUUUUGCUGUUCAUGGGGAUUUGUUAUUUUAGACAAAAUACUUAUAAUUAUUAAAUAACCUGAAAUGGGUGGAAAGUAUUCUAGUAUGGAUCCAGCAGACAUUCAAAUUCCUAAUCUUAAAAGUUUAUUGGAUAGAGAUCCUUAUUUAAAACCUUACAAAAAUGAAAUUAAGAAAAGAUACGCUUUAUUUAAAGAUUACCUGGAAAAAAUUGAAACAGGAGAAAAAGAUUUAGAUUCUUUUUCAAAGUCAUAUAUGAAGUUUGGCAUCCAUUUAAAUGAAGAUAAUUCCGUAUCAAUUAAAGAAUGGGCACCAGGAGCGGAGCAAGUUUUCCUAACAGGAGAUUUCAACAACUGGGCGAAAACAGAAAAUCCUUUUCAAAAGUUAGAAUAUGGAAAAUGGGAAUUGUUUAUACCGCCAAAUAACGAUGGAACGUGUCAAUUAAAACAUUUGUCAGAAAUUAAGAUCAUCAUCAAAGAUAAAAAUGGUCAAUACCUUGAAAGAUUGAGUCCUUGGGCAACAUAUGUUACUCAAGCAAAUAACCCUUCCAAUGAUACGUCAUACAAACAGAGAUUAUGGGUUCCAGGACCUGAUCAGCUAUACAUUCCUAAGUAUCCAAAACCAAAGAAACCAAGAAGUUUACGUAUAUAUGAAUGUCACGUAGGUAUUGCAACACAAGAAUGUCGUGUUGGAACAUAUUCGGAAUUCACUACAAAUAUUAUACCUCGUAUUGUCAAGCAAGGAUAUAAUGCUAUUCAACUAAUGGCUAUAAUGGAACACGCUUAUUAUGCUUCUUUUGGAUAUCAGGUUACUUCAUUCUAUGCAGCAUCAUCUCGAUUUGGCACUCCCGAGGAAUUAAAGCAAUUAGUCGACGAAGCUCAUAGAAAUAAUUUAUAUGUAUUUCUGGAUGUCGUACAUUCCCAUGCUUCAAAAAAUACGUUAGAUGGUUUAAAUAUGUUUGAUGGAACUGAGGCAUGUUUUUUUCAUUCUGGAUAUAAAGGGCAACAUCCGCUAUGGGAUAGCAGAUUAUUUAACUAUGGAGAUUACGAAGUAUUACGGUUCCUGCUGUCAAAUUUACGUUGGUAUAUAGAAGAAUACAAAUUCGAUGGAUUCAGAUUUGACGGUGUCACGUCGAUGUUGUAUCACUCAAGAGGAAUGGGCCAGGGAUUUAGUGGACAUUAUGAUGAAUAUUAUGGAUUAAAUGUUGAUGUUGAAGGUGUUGUUUAUCUGAUGCUAGCUAAUCACAUGCUUCACGAACUUUAUCCUGAAUUAAUAACAAUAGCGGAAGAUGUCAGUGGCAUGCCAGGUUUAUGUAGACCUGUAAAUGAAGGUGGAGUAGGAUUUGAUUAUCGUUUGGGAAUGGCCAUCCCAGAUAAGUGGAUAAAAUUACUAAAAGAAUCCAAAGAUGAAGAUUGGAACAUGGGUGAUAUUGUUUGGACACUUACUAAUCGAAGAUGGCUGGAAAAAACAGUUGCCUACGUAGAGUCACACGAUCAAGCUCUCGUUGGAGAUAAAACUGUGGCUUUCUGGCUGAUGGAUAAAGAAAUGUACUCUUAUAUGAGUACUUUGAGUCCACAAAAUUCUGUAAUAACUCGAGGGAUAGCUCUUCAUAAUAUGAUCGUAUUGAUAACACACUCAUUAGGAGGAGAAGCUUUCCUCAAUUUUAUGGGCAACGAAUUUGGACAUCCAGAAUGGUUGGAUUUUCCUCGCCAAGGCAAUAAUGAAAAUUAUAAUUAUGCAAGAAGACAGUGGAAUUUGAUAGAUGAUGAAUUAUUAAAGUAUAAAUUUAUGGGAAGAUGGGAUGCUGCCGUCAAUUCACUCGAAGAGAAAUAUGGAUGGUUGUCUUCUGAUCCAGCCUACGUUUCAUGGAAACAUGAAGAUGAUAAAAUAAUUACAUUCGAAAGAGCAAACCUUGUAUUUGUAUUCAACUUUCAUCCCUACAAAUCAUUUGCUGAUUAUCCUGUAGGAGUAAAUCAACCUGGAAAGUAUAAAAUUGUUUUAAAUAGUGAUAACUUAGAAUUUGGCGGAGAUGAUCGCAUUGAUAUAAAUGUAUUACAUUGUACAAAGCCAGAACCAUUUGCGAAUAGAUUGCAUAGGAUAUUCAUUUAUAUACCAUCUCGGACUACGAUUGUAUAUAAAUUAGAUGAAUGAUGCUGAUUGCGCUACAAUAUUGGAGCAAUGUUUUUAGCUUUCAAGGAUGCUUCAUGUAAUAAACGGUGAAAUUAGAAACAUAUUCUUAUUCAGUUUCUCUAUUAGUUGAAGGUUAUGAAAGGCUUAUUUCUGAUAUUAUAAUGAAUUAAAUUUGAUUUUUAUAAUAAGUGCAUUAAAGAAAUU